AUGAACGAAAUCUACGCAAACUUCGAUGAGGAUCAGGGACCGUACCGGAUCUUCAGCAAACUCAAGCAGGUGCCUGCAGCCUCCUCUGCUUUGAUACUCUGCUAUGAUAGUAAAUGUUAAAAUGCUCCUGCAAUACACAUGUGCUAAAUUAGGUCCUCCGAUGCUCAGAUAUUAUACUCCAUUGCUCUUGUUGCUGCCCCUGCGUGCCCUUGCCGUAUCGUCUUCGUACUCUGUCACUGCACAAAGAUCGGAACAAAUAAAGCUAGAUUGAUCCAUUUCGGCAUCCCGAGUGGCCCGGGCCGCAGCGUCAAAAAAUUAAAGUGGACACUGAGACGAAAUCGAAUGAAAAUAUAACAGACCCUGGAACAGAACUUGACGAAGAUGUACCGGGCUCUUGACGUGGCGGAGCGAGAGCCUAAGUUUUUGCAGCGCACGAAGAUCAACCCCGAGGUGCAGGACCGGUUGAUGUACUUCAACCAAUUGAUGUUCGUCCUGCAGAGCCAGCCCGCUUUUAUUUCCCGGCUUGGGACCCGCAUGCCCAACACGAAGCCGGAGCUGGACGCGCUGUGGAUGCGGUUUGUCGAGUGUUUGUUCCGGGACCGCGGGAACAUCCGCGUCCGCACGGUGUUCAAAGCACUGAUUCGCCUGGUGAUGAUCUGGGAAGCGGACUGCACCAACACGUUUGAGGACCUGUUCGCGCCCACUACCAAGACGGCGCGCCUUUUCGAAUAUCUGGCUUGUGGGCGGAUGAACUGGUUCCCCUCCGCGAACGCGGAGUACGUGACAGUACACGGCUAUCCAAUGCAAACGUGUCUGGGUCUGGAAACGUGUAGUGUUGGGCUGUGAAUACGAGUAGGGAACGCUCUGUAACGCGCAGCCGGCCAUGAAAAAUAUUUGCUUGGCUUUGUGUUGCGAAAAUGUUGUGUUUUCCGCAUGACAAACGAAGCUGCGUUUUUGCAUGAAAAGGAUCUCUUCUUGGACGCGCCGGACUGAAUCGGGCCGGCAGAGGACCGGGUAAUCGCUCGCUGGUUACUUCUAUGUGUGACUUUUGUGCGAGUUGGGCGCUGGCCGACUGACCACCAAGCACUGACCCUAAUUGACAGAGCGAUCGGACUGACGAGGCGCGUCAGGAAACGCCACUUUGGUCACUCAACAUUCUUCGACAUGCAUUAAGUCAGGUCAGACACGCGUGACAAUCCUUGCAUCCUUCCAGACGUAGACAUAGAUAUUUGCAAUGCAUAAAGGCACGGAAAACGAGGAGGAGCACCAGGAGGGCGGGCAGAAGAGCGCGUAUGGGCGCGUCUUCUCGCGUAUCCUGGACGUGAGUAAUGACAAGUCCCUGCUCGCCCUCGUUUUCCAGUACACCAUUGCGCGCCAGAACAAGCAGAAGGAAGACGUCUUCUGGGGGCUGGACGCGGACGCAUGCUACAACUAUCCCACAGAAAAAAGCGUGGCAGGUCACAUCUGUAUAUCGAUAUGCAGAAAAAUAGGCAAAAAAGCUGCUUCGCAUACGUAACUGAACCAGCGUGCUAUGGGCUCGCGCGUGACAGGAUUUCCUGUGUGUCAUCUGUACGUAUAGUUUUUGUAUAUGCAAGUGCUUGCACCAGCUUCUGCCAGCUUUUUAUUUUUCUGGGAUAUCAACUUCAAAACGAAGACGCUCCGUAGCCAGUCGGGUCACAAGCACGCUGCGCUGCACGAGGAGGGCGUUGGCGACGAGGACGAGCGGCGGCACCUGUACCAAGAAUCGGGGAAGCACAUGAAGCACUUUUUGCAGGACGUCUUUUUCCCCCAGUUUUUCAACAAGCUCACAAAUCUGGUGAGCCGCGACCUGGCCUGCCUGUUGCAGCGGGCCUACUUGGUGAUCGAAGAUCUGGACAUUGCGUACCACUACACCACCAAGGCCUCGGGAAAAGACCUCCCCGAUCCGCGGAUCUGCAUGCCGAUGAUGAACCUGCUGCUGGGGCACUACGUCGCGCCGCUGCUGAUCAAAGCGGAGAACCAGCUGACCCCCUACAUCCGGCUGCAGCUAAAGCAGAAGUGCCGCAAAAUCCUCGUCGAGGAGCGCAACGUGAAGCCCAACGCCCCGAACCUGAACCUCCGUGUGUUGGCUAUGAUGCGGCACUUCUACGAGAACGUGAAAGCGCUGGGCAUGCUGCUGAAGAAAACGGUUACGGGGGACUGGAACGCAGCGGAGAACCUGAUGCACGGCAUCAGUGCGAAGCAGGUCGUCCCGACCGUGCUUUCCGUCCUGACCCACGGGGUUGCGGGCCCCAAAAACCUGGUGGACUCCACCGAAACGGAGCUGACGAUCGAUUUGUACGCGCGGCACUUCAACCCGGGUCUCGCGUACGUCCAGAUCGCGACCUCGGACCUCCUGAAGAUGUGCAACGUGAUGUACACCUGUAUCCACGAGAACGAGUUUCACGCCGGGGAGCUCGAGGACCACGAGGUGGACAUUCGGAUGGACCCGAAAGGCACCGACGUACUGGAGCGGCUGAUCAACUUCAUCCAGCCGGUGCCCUCCGUGCAGGCGGGAGAGAAGCGGCCGGAACGGUACGAGGACCUGCAGGUGCGGCUCUGGCCGCGCGAAAAGAUCAUCGCGAUCGAGCAGAACGAAUCGAUGCACAACUUCACGGUGGACCACCGCUUCAUCCUGCACUACCGCCUCUUGGAGGGCGACGACCAGUCGCUCCCCGGCCCCGUGCCCCUCACGUUUCGAGAAAAGUUCCUUCUGGAGGACAAAAAGAAGGUGCUGCCCAAGGACCAGAAGGUGGUCCUGCUGAACCGGAUGCGGGAGGUGUGUUUCUGCCGCGAGUCCCAGGUGAGCAUGCCCCGGUUUCUCACCGGCGCCGGGCAAAAGUCGCGUUCUGGGGUGCGGUAUGUGAAGCCCUACCAGCCUGCACCGGCACAGCUCCCCAAGGGUGCGCAAGCGUCGCUGAAACCCAUCCUCCCCUCGGACCAGGACGGUUUCCGGUUUCUGGAGCUGCUGCUCCGCGACGUGUCGGAGGUCAAGUCCAAGGACUUUUUAUCGCUCAAGUACGAGUUCGAGGAAAAGCAGCGCGUCUACCAGCAGCUGAUUCCCCCCAACUACGAGCUUGCGGACCGCUUGGAGCGCGCGAAGAAGGUGCUAGAUAUUCUGAAGACCGCGGGCGUGAAGGAGAAAGAGUUCGCCACUUACGUGGACGAGGCGCUGCAGGCCCGGGCGGAACACUUCGCAUACCUGGAGCAGGUCGAGAACGGCAAGCAGAAGGUGAUCGCCAGCAAGGAAUCCUACCGGAGCCAGAUGGCCAUCCUGGCCCAGACCACCGAGGAACUCUCGGAAUUCGCCCGUUUGGGGGCAAUCGAGAAGAGUAUCCGGCAGAAGGGCAUGGACUACAACCUGAAGCUGAAAAUCCCCUCCAUCGAGAAGGUGCUGCAAAAGCAGGUGGGCGGCAGCCUGCCGGCGUUCCGCCAGUACUCGGUCGGGUACCUGCGGGCGAAGAAAAUCGUGGUCCGGCUCGGGGAACACAUUGCGCCGGAUCUGGUGCGGAAUCUGCACCUGGAGUUUCGCCAGAUCAGCGAGUACAUCGGGAAGACCGUGUACAACCAGUGGGAAGUGUUGGUCAUGCACAAGGACGAGCGCAAUGCCCGGCGAAACUUGCUGACAUUCUACAUCACCAUGGAGGAGUUGGACCUCAUGCGAGAGAGCAGCGGAAAACUGGCGAAAAUGGACUGGGCGGACAAAUUCAUCACAUUCCAGUGCAACGCCCUGUUGCAAAUGCUCGUCCGCAUCUGAGGGCAUAAACAAAUUUGCCAUGCUGGAAGCACGAUACAACCAACUCGCUAC